UAUCUUUGCCAAGAAAACCCCAAAUGGGGUCACGAAGAGUCACACUCAACAGACAUGACUGAACACAACAAAUGGACAUUUAGGCAGAUAUACCUAGCAGGAAAGACUGGAGUUCAAGAGAAACUUUUGCAGAUUUGGAAGUUAUCUUCAUGGUGAAGAUCAGAAGGGAGAGUGUGGAGAAGGUGGGGCAGAGUUCUGGGGUGACCCCCCCCACCUCGCCUUAGGGCUUGGGGAGCUUUUUAGCAACCCAGCUAAAGUGACCAGGAAGGACAGUAGAAGACUCACCAGAAGAAAGCAGUGUCACGGAAGUUAAAGUAGGAGAGAAUGAGUAGAUGGUAAAUGGUAUGACAAGAUUCACUGAAGGUGAAGAAAAGUUCAUCUGCUAAGUGUUGAGAUCACUGUUCACUUAGUGAUCUCCUCUCCUCCCCCAUUGAACCCUUCCUUGUAAUAACAGGACAAGGCUGUCUCCCUUCUGUGGCCAGCUGCCCCUGGCCAGCCCCGCCCCCAGACUGGACUUUCCUCAGCCAGGCAAGGCAGCACAGUGGGCUUCUGUGUCAUCACAAUAGCACCUGCAGGUAGUGAGGGGUUGCUAGGAGGAUGACACAGGGUCCAAGAGGGAAGUAGGUUAUAAGGGGGGAGCUCUGAACCUGGCCAUGGGGGGAGGAAAGGACAGACCUACCACCAGCCUCCGCCCAUCUGCCCCCCCCCCGGCCCAAAGUUCUCACGGUUCCUUAACACCUCAGUUCAGGAACAUUCCUGGGUCUUUGGCAGCCCUGCUCUGUCUUGGGCUGUGUUUGAGCCAGGGAGUCAUGGCACAGAAAGAAGCCUUUCCCAAACCUUCCUUGUGGGCUGUGCCUGGCACUGUGAUCCCCUGGGGGAAGUCUGUCAUUGUCCGCUGCCACGGUGCAGAAGAGGCCCAGAGGUUCCUUCUGGAGAAGGAUGGAAGCACAGAACUCAAGGACAUGCUGGAGGUACCUGGGCCCUGGAAGGAGGCCGAGUUCUUCAUUUCAGACAUAGCGGCACAGACAGCAGGUCGAUACCGGUGUCAAUACCAGAGUCAGAGCUACUGGUCAGAACUCAGUGACCCCUUGGAGCUGAUGGUCACGGGAUUGUACCCCAAACCUUCCAUCUUGGCCAACCCAGGCUCCACUGUGACUAUAGGACAGGAUGUGACCUUGCAUUGUGAGUCACAGCUCAGGUCAGACAGAUAUGUUCUCUAUAAGACAACUGGGGCCAAUGCGCCCCACUCACUGCUCUCCACUGAUUACAAGGCCGACUUCCUAUUCCCCACUGUGAUGGUCUCCCAUAGCGGCACAUACCUAUGCUACAGUUUUGAUAGUGACUUCCCCUACCUCUGGUCAACACCUAGGGAUACCCUGGUGCUCAAGAUUUCAGAGUUUAUGUCUGCACACCGUAACUUCAUCAGCUUCCGGCUAAUACUGGCUGGUGUAACUUUGGCCAUCUUGGGGGCUCUGAUGAAUGAAGCCUGGCGACACAGGGGCUCAGCCCAACAGCAAGUGAAGAAACCUCUUGACGAGCAGCCAGAAAGAUAGGUGGGAUUGAGAACAGAGGGACCUCUGGAAAUUCCCCCUGAGGGUCCCUAAGGCCACAGAUAGAGUGAAUCAAUAAAGAAUCUG